AUGACGACCGCCCACAGACCCACGUUCGAUCCCGCACGCGGCAAAGAAGCUCAGCGAGGACCCGCCUACCAUCAGCGACUCCUCCCUGCGCACACAACACUCAAACAUAGACAGCCGGGCCAGGGUGGAGAUGCUGAUAACAUCCAGCGCGACUUGCGCGCCGAGCUCUUGGAGGCCGAGGCACGUUACAUUGCAAAGAAGAACGGCACAUACGUAGAGCCGGACGCAGCGGCCGAACCUGGAAAUGCGCCUAAGCGUCAGAUUGACGCGGUGUCAGUGGCUGAAGAUGCAGACGAAGAUGAAGCAGCUCAGAAGCGGCGGCGAAUAGAAGUGCUUGAAAAAUUCAGGGAUGUGGAUGCCGACGACAGUAGUAGUGAGAGCGAGAGCAGCGACGAUGAUGACGAAGACGAAGAAGACGAAACCGCGGCCCUGAUGCGCGAGCUCGAGAAGAUUAAAAAGGAGCGUGCUGCAGCCAAAGCGAAAGAGGAGGCCGAACGCGCAGCCGAAGAGGAGCAGCAACGUGAAAUCGACGUCGCACGCGGCAAUCCUCUGCUCAACGCAAAAGACUUUACUAUGAAGCGCCGAUGGGACGAUGACGUGGUUUUCAAGAACCAAGCACGUGGCACCGAAGACAGGAACAAGAAGAAGGAAUUCAUCAACGACAUGCUGCGUUCCGACUUUCACAAGAAGUUCAUGUCCAAGUACGUGCGAUGA